AUGUUGAAUGUUCAUAAAUUAUGGCUAUUUUCAAGUCUCUGUGUCAUUGUUAUUGUAGUUCUAUAUUUCCAGUCAGAAAUAGCACGAUUAGAGGAAUCUUAUCGCAAACUAGAGUACAAACUAGUCCAAUCGCAUUCGGAAUCUCGGCAAUUCUAUCCAAAAGACGCGGUAAAAGAUGACGAUGACUUAGUGGUUAUAUACAAUAGAGUGCCGAAAACUGGGUCUACAAGUUUUGUCGGAGUAGCUUACGAUUUGUGUAAGAAAAAUCGCUUUAAAGUGCUGCAUAUCAAUAUAACCGCGAACAUGCACGUCAUGUCACUGAGCAACCAGUACAAGUUCGCUCAGAACGUGACCAGGUGGCAGGAGUUGAAGCCGGCUCUCUACCACGGCCAUAUGGCAUUCCUCAAUUUCGAGAGGUUGGGCACAUCUUCGAAACCAAUUUUUAUUAAUCUAAUAAGAAAACCUCUAGAUAGAUUAGUGUCGUAUUAUUAUUUUCUAAGACAUGGAGAUAACUUCCGUCCACAUCUUGUACGGAAAAAACAUGGCGAUAAAAUGACAUUCGAUGAGUGUGUGGAGAAGAGCCAGCCGGACUGUGAUCCAAACAACAUGUGGCUGCAGGUUCCUUUCUUCUGUGGACACGCUGCCGAGUGCUGGAAACCAGGCAGUCCCUGGGCACUACAGCAAGCGAAACACAAUCUCGUCAACCACUAUUUAGUAGUAGGAGUUACUGAGGAAAUGCUAGACUUUAUAUCAGUCCUUGAAGCAAGUCUACCGCGCUUGUUCAAAGGAGCCACUGAACAUUAUCUAAGCAGUAAUAAGUCACAUCUGAGACAGACAAGCUCAAAGAUAGACCCAUCGCAACGGACAAUAGAAAAAAUACAACAAUCAACCGUUUGGAAAAUGGAAAAUGAUUUAUACGAGUUCACAUUGGAACAUUUCAAUUUUAUUAAGAAAAAAGUAUUACUCAGAGAGACGAAUAGUGUAGCACAAGUAUUUUUCUAUGAGAAGAUACGACCAAAGUGAGAAUGUAGGUAGGUUUGUACCUACCUACCUACCUAAGGUUUGUGGGUAUAGUCGUUUAUUCUCAGUAAAUUGACGUAGAAUUUGUAUGUGGUAGUCAAACAUUCCAUUUAAUGUAAGAAUCUUAUUUAUUAACUAGUAAAUUGUGUUUGUAUAUAUUGAAAUGUGUUGAAAGACAAUUUUUAAUGUGGAAUUAGCAAAAUGUAAGUAUGUUUACUUAAUUUUUAAAUAAUUCUUCAAUUC